GCUUCAUCCUGAACUUGGUGGUCAGUGAAUGGCGUUGGCCUAUCGCUAGCGUUUCGUACUCUCCUGCGUGGACGUUCCACUAAAGGCCUGACUGCUGAGCCGGAGUCUCCUCUGCAGCUCCUCCUUCAUUAUCAUUAGCAUAAGCUCAAUUCUAUUCUCGGCCAAGGGCUUUGCUUAGGCUUGCCCUGCGCGUCUUAGUCGCUGACUCAGGCUUCCUGAGACGGUGACUUAACCUUCAUACUUGUUGUUCACUCGCACCUAAGAAUAACCUCAACUUAGCCAACAGAUCAAAGGCAGAUCAGGAAAACAGAUCAAUCAGAUUAAAAGCAAAGUCAAUGACAUACACUGGUCGAAAGCACAGCCCAAACCGCUCUGGUAGAUCGACCCAAUAUGUUCGGAAAAAGGAGAACCGCCCAGAAACCAGACGAGUCUUUUAUUCGGGACUUCCAGCGACAGUUUGGCAGCGUAGCCAGUCGAUCGUACUCGCCGCAGACGCCGGUGAGGGACCCUGCCGACCAUGCGGUGCCUCAGGUUCCUGAGGAGCCUCAGGACGCCGACCACGUGCCCAAGGACAGCGUGAUGGCCGACCAGAGCCCCGUCCAGUUUCUCUCUCCCAUCACCCGUCAGAACUGCUCCUGCUCGCUGGCCGGCAGCCGCAUGUGUACUGUGCUGCAUAGCCCGGCGGGAGACUUGCACACGCCCGCUCACGACUGCAAUGGGUCGACCAACCCGUGGAUCUGGAGUCGGAUAUCCAAUCUCGAUGCCAAUCUGUCAGACGAGCCUUUGCCUGGCCAUCCCCUGCAGUCUCACCAUCCUUUGAACUUCAUCGACCCCAUGCUGUCAGGACUCACCAAUUCCCCCGAACCAUUUCUGCGCCGUCACUCCGAAUACGACUCGCUGGGUCUGUUGACGCAAGGCAACGUCUUCCAUCAAGAUAUCCCAUCGAAACCCGACUCGCUGCAUGGGCCCCUCCCCCACGACCCCGAGGUCGCUCUGGACCACCGAUCCCAGGACUCGCCGGCUCUGCGAUACCGAGUGACCCUGCAUGCACCCACAGCGACAUUCAACCAGACACGGGAGAUCCCAGUCACCUACCUGAACCGGUGCCAGCCGUAUCUGAUCUCCGUCACGGACACACGACCGCCGUCAUUCCGCGUCCACCCCGCUCGAUACCGCACGUACGUUCGCAUCUCAUUCGACAACGCCGCGCAGCGAGAGGACCCGACCGGGUCGUGGCGCCUCUGGCGAGACGGUCGCGGCCUCAGCGAAGCCCGCAAGCGAGACGGGAAGCUCUCCGCCGUGGAGUUCGUCAACGUCCGCAACGACGGGUUCCGCGAAGAGGGUGCCGCCCACGUCGAGCUGCAGGGGUCCUCGUUCGACGGCUUCUGCGUCGAGUGGACGGUCGAUCCGCACGCCGUGCGCGUCGGCUGCGAGAUGCACGUCGCCUUCAACUGCCUGUCCACGGACUUCAGCCUCUCCAAGGGCGUCAAGGGCGCGCCGCUGCGGCUGUGCGCCAAAACCGAGCUGGUCUCCCAGGGCCUGAUCCAGCAACCGGGCGCGCCCAGCAGCACCGAGAUCUGCUACUGCAAGGUGAAGGUGUUCCGCGACCACGGCGCCGAGCGGAAGCUCUCCAACGACACGAUCCACCUGCGUCGGGCCAUCCGGAAGAUGGAGGAGAAGAUCGCCGAGGCCGAGUUCUACAACACCAAGGCGCCGGGGAAGAAAAAACGCGUGCGCGUGCCGCUGUCGUCGCGGCCGUCCGAGCAUCUGCUGGAGUCGGUGGACGCCGAGCCCAGUAGCAGCCGGGUGCCCCGUCGCGCGCACAGCUUCUCCACCGGCGAGGAUCUCUACCAGGAGUUGUUUGAACUGCGCAAGGUGUUCACGUCGUCGCAGCCGACCAGCGUGCUCUCGCUGCGAGCCAGCGAUCAAGACGAUCCUGAUCAGUUUCCGGUCGAAUUGUCGAGCGGCACGUCCAGCCCAAAGCCACCGGCACGGUCAGCCACGCAGAGCGAGAUGCCGUCGGAGAUGAACACCGACACCGAGUGGAUGGAAAUGCUGGAGGACCGAGGCGACGAGACGAGCGGGUAUCCGGGCUCGGACGUUCCACGCUCCAGUCUGCAGACACCCGCCAACGACGGGCAAACGCUCGAGAAUGUGCCUAUUCGCAGUCGAGGCGGCCAUGGAAAAGCAGUUGCAUGCUUCUAUGUCCUCUGCCGAGUCGACGGUCAAACCGACGAAUACUAUCGCGCGUUAUACCUGAUGGAACGCACCGUGGGGAACCUGAAAAGCCAGCUCUCGAAAGUCCGCGACAUCUCGCCUGAGCGCAUCGUUCGUCUCCUGCGCGUGAACCAGGCCGGCCUGCGCAUCGUCAUCGACGAUACCGUUGUUCGCGAGAUCCCCGAGGGACAGGACAUGAUUGUUGAAUUCCAGCCGGGGUAUGACGUUAGUCUUCCGGCGGAGGAUUUCGAGGUAGCGUUAUUCUUCUGAACAUACUCUUGGUGGAGGUGGAUGGUGGAUGGUGGAUCUGCAUGAUUGACGGAGUUGAGCAUGAGCUUGAGCAUGGACCAGCUUUAGUCAGUCCGGUAUUUUGGUUCUUUCUUUUUCUUUUCUUUUUUUUUCUGUUCUUUUUUACAUGAUAUCUGUUCCUUUGAGACAUCGG